GAAGAAGAACUUUUAAUGGUGACCCGGCAUCUGCCUCAUCACGUCGUUGGGCCGUAUGACAGAAAACAUACAUAUUCUUAGCCACUUUAUCUUCAGAACGUUACAGUAACAAAAUGCCAAGGAAAGCGAAAGAAGAAGCACAGUGGGUGGACGAUGAAGUCGACCCAGCAGCUGAAAAAACUGUCAAAAAAGGGAAGAAAGAUAAAAAGGGCAAAAAGAGUUUCUUUGAGGAGCUUGCCACAGAUAGCAAACCUGAAAAGGCUGACGAAGUAGCUGUGACGCACUCACAAGGAAAACAGCCCCAGAAAAAAAAAAAAGACCGGCGGAAAGGAAAAGAUGCAGAUGACGACGAUGAUGAGGAUGUCAUGCUGAAUCUGAAAAAGCUCUCAGUGCAAGCAAGCGAUGAUGAAGAUGAGCCAAUCAUUGCCCCCAGCAAAGGAAGCAAGAAAAAGGGGGGGAACAUCUUUGCUGCUCUCAGCCAAAGCCAGAGUGAUGAUGGUGAGAACGAGGACUUGGAUGAAGAAGAUAAACCCGCAAAAAUGACAGAGUCUGAUGAGGACAAUGAAGGAGAGAAGAAUGAUGGUGAAAAGAAAACUACAAAGAACACCAAGAAGGCUGAAGCCAAGUCCAGGAAAGGUAAACCUGCUGAGAAGUCACGCAGUGUGGAGGAGGAGGAAGAUAGCGAUGGAGGUGACAUGAUGAUGAGUGCUGAGGAUGCCAUCGCAGAACAGGCUAAGCAGCAGGAGGAUGACCCAUUUGCUAAUCUUAGCAAAAAAGACAAAAAGAAGAAGAAAAAACAGAUGGAGUAUGAGCGUCAAGUGGCCAGUGUGCGUGCUCAGAAUGCUUUGGAGGGAGAUUUCUCCAUUUCCCAGGCUGAGAUGUCCUCCAGACAGGCAAUGCUGGAGAAUGCCUCUGAUAUCAAGCUGGAGAGGUUCAGCAUAUCUGCUCAUGGCAAGGAGCUUUUUGUCAAUGCUGAUCUACUGAUUGUGGCAGGAAGAAGAUAUGGUUUGGUUGGACCAAAUGGCAAAGGAAAGACCACAUUACUGAAACACAUAGCCAACAGAGCUCUCAGUAUUCCCCCCAACAUUGAUGUGCUGCUGUGUGAACAGGAGGUGGUAGCUGAUGACACGCCGGCAGUGCAGGCGGUGUUGAAGGCAGAUACCCGCCGUCUAAAGCUUCUGGAGGAGGAGAAACAGCUCCAGGCUCGUCUGGAGAAGGGAGAGGACGCUGUGGCUGAGAGGUUGGAGAAGGUCUAUGAAGAGCUAAGGGCAAUUGGAGCAGCAGCAGCUGAGGCCAAGGCCAGAAGGAUCCUGGCUGGUCUGUCAUUUACCCCUGAAAUGCAGAACAGACCCACCAAGAGGUUCUCUGGUGGGUGGAGAAUGAGGGUUUCCCUGGCAAGAGCCCUGUUCAUGGAACCCACUCUACUGAUGCUGGACGAACCCACCAACCACUUGGACCUAAAUGCUGUCAUCUGGCUUAACAACUACCUUCAAGGAUGGAAGAAGACUCUCCUCAUAGUAUCUCACGACCAGAGUUUCCUUGAUGAUGUGUGUACAGAUAUCAUCCACUUAGACAACCAGAAACUCUACUAUUACAGGGGGAACUACUUGACCUUCAAGAAGAUGUAUGUGCAGAAGCAGAAAGAGCUGCAGAAACAGUAUGACAAACAGGAGAAGAAACUCAAAGAGCUAAAAGCUGGCGGCAAGUCCACCAAACAGGCUGAGAAGCAGACUAAGGAGGCCCUGACCAGAAAGCAACAGAAGGGCAAGAAGAAGGGAGGCCAGGAGGAGGAGAGCCAGGAUGCCACUGAGCUGCUGAAGAGACCUAAAGAGUACACUGUCAAGUUCACCUUCCCCAACCCACCCCCUCUCUCACCACCUAUACUGGGACUACACAGUGUUGAUUUUGGCUAUGAGGGCCAGAAACCCCUUUUCAAAAAUGUGGACUUUGGCAUUGACAUGGACUCCAGGAUUUGCAUUGUUGGGCCUAAUGGUGUUGGAAAGAGUACCCUGCUGCUGCUGCUUACUGGGAAAUUAAAUCCUACAAAAGGGGAGAUGAGGAAGAAUCAUCGCCUGAAAGUGGGGUUCUUCAACCAACAGUAUGCUGACCAGCUGAACAUGGAGGAGACAGCCACAGAGUACCUGAUGAGGAACUUCAACCUUCCCUACCAGGAUGGCAGGAAGUGCCUGGGACGUUUCGGCCUUGAGAGCCACGCCCACACCAUUCAGAUAUCUAAACUCUCUGGCGGUCAAAAGGCCAGAGUAGUGUUUGCUGAACUGGCAUGCCGUCAGCCAGAUGUACUGAUCUUGGAUGAACCGACCAACAAUUUGGACAUUGAGUCUAUUGAUGCCUUAUCAGAGGCCAUAAAUGAAUACAAAGGAGCUGUGAUCAUUGUGAGUCAUGACGCCCGGCUCAUCACAGAAACUCAGUGCCAGCUCUGGGUCGUAGAGGACUGUACAGUCAACCAGAUUGACGGAGACUUUGAUGACUACAAGCGGGAGGUGCUGGAGGCUUUGGGCGAGACCAUGAUCAACAAAGUCAAUGCGUGAUCACAGAGUCACUAUGUCUGUAUAUCAUAUGCUAGCUGCACUCCAUGUAGGCUGUCUGGCAUGUCUCAAAGUUAAUACUCUAAUAAAAAAAGAUGGAUUAUGGCACAGAGUUAAUCCUUUGAAGACUUUCUAGAAAUACAGUCAGAUGAAAUGUCUUGAAAUAAUGAUCUAUUAAUGCGAAACAAGAAAAUAAAGUCAUCUUUCAUCA